GGAGAAGCAGCAGCUGUGAACUGGUAAACCAGGUUACAUAGCCCAUUGACAGCUACAGAAUCAUGGAUAUCUUACUGAAACACUAUAAUUUGGCAUUCAUCUUGUGCUGCUUGCUGAAGUCAUUCAAACAUUGUGAUGCCAGCUCUGAACUUUCUGUUCUGUGGUUUGAUGCUGCCUCUGUGAUUUCUUUACCAGAAGUGGUUACAUUACAAAAUGGAACCUCUACCAACAUAAGUAUUGCAUCAAAGGUUCCAUCAAAUGAAACAGCGGUAUUUGCUCUUAAUAUUACCUAUUCUUCAAAGAACACAACCAUUAUCCAGCUUCCAGACCAAAUUGUUCUACCCGCAAAGGCAAAUCAUUCAUUCUUUACAGUCGAAGCUGUUGAUGUGGGACAAGUUACUGCAUACUUGCAAGGCAACGAUUCACAUAAAACUGGACCACGGAUUCGCUUUCAAGUGAUUCACAGCCACUUUGUGGACAUUUUAGGGCAGGUCAUUGGUUGGAUUUACUUUCUGGCCUGGUCUGUGAGCUUCUAUCCUCAGGUGUUUGAAAACUUUCGGAGAAAAAGUGUCGUCGGACUAAGCUUUGACUUUUUGGCCCUAAAUCUCACCGGUUUUAUAGCAUACAGUGUUUUUAAUGUUGGGCUUUUCUGGAUACCGUAUAUUAGGGAAGAAUUCCUUCAGAUAUAUCCCAGUGGUGUGAUUCCAGUGGAUUCAAAUGAUGUGUUCUUCAGCCUCCAUGCAGUGCUGCUCACACUCAUCACCAUCGUUCAGUGCUGUAUAUACGAGCGUGGAACUCAGAAAGUCUCCAGAGUGGCCAUUGUUGUCCUUGUAGUUGCUUGGCUGUCUGCGUUUUGCAUGUUGUUCGUGGCCCUGGGUGGGAAAAUCACUUGGCUUCAGUUUCUAUUCUGCUUCUCGUACAUUAAGUUGGCCAUCACGCUGAUGAAGUACUUCCCACAGGCUUUUAUGAAUUUCCGUCGGAAAAGCACAGAAGGUUGGAGUAUCGGAAACGUUCUGCUUGAUUUCACUGGGGGAAGUUUCAGCAUUAUCCAGAUGUUCUUACAGUCCUAUAAUAACGAUGAAUGGAAGUUAAUAUUUGGUGACCCAACGAAGUUUGGUUUGGGAGUUUUCUCUAUAAUUUUCGACAUUGUUUUUAUCACACAGCACUACUGUUUAUACAGAAAGAGCGAUGGCUAUGAACAUGUUUACUAAACAUUUAUACACCUUUUUUGUUGUUUUGUUUCUUUAGACUCACUAAUCUAGUGCUUUUGUAAGGAGUUUAAGGAGUUUUGGACUUUUUAUCUUCUCUCAAUUAUUGUGCCUUAAAAUGUGAUCAUUUUUAAAGAGACUUGAAUUGCUUACCGACUACAGAUGUUCAGAUCCUAUGCAAUAUCCUAAAGAUAUUUAAUCCUGAACUAUUUGGAAAGAGAAUAUUUAUGGAUCUUCUUUUCU